AGGAAUCGCCGACUUAACUCUUUUUCCGUCCUCAAAAUCGCUGAAUAUAAAUGAGUCGAAACAGUUCCGUAUUCGUCAUCGCCGGCUUAGGGUUUUCUCCUCAAUAAGCAUAUCUAUCUUCUCUACUCUCCCUCCCUGAUUUUCUCGUUUAGCUUUCGAAGAAAACCCUCGCCCCAGCGAUCGAUCUGAACAUUUCGUCAGGAGCUUUCUUUCCGACGGCUGUAGAAACUUACUAAGACGGUGGCGUUUCUUCUUUGAUUGUGUUUAUUUUUAUGACAAAGACGAUGAACACACUUGUCUCUAUCUAUCAGACUUUAACUGUUACCGUUGGUGUUUUUUAAUGCUGUCGGCAAGGCACUUUCUUUAGGACUUACAGCGAGUUAGAGCUACAGUUGACUUUUUCUUUCAAGUUUAUAGGUUUAGCGUUGUUAAUAGCUAGAUAUGGAAGUCAAGAUCGUCAAGGGGUUGGAUAGUAGAUGUGAAAAUGGUUUCGGUAAGAAGAGGAAGCACGGAGCAAGCUAUGCUGCGUAUGUUAAUGGAGUUUCGUGCGCCAGUCUGCAAGAUGUUCCCCCACCGAACCCGCUGAGACAAUUUCCUGAGAAAAGAAGAAAAUUGGAAGGUGAUAACAAGAUCAGUGCUUAUGAGAAACGCUCUGGGAAGUCGCUGGUCAGAUACUACUCUUACUUUAAGAAGACGGGAAUUGCAAAGCGUGUUAUGAUCUAUGAAAUGGGUGAAUGGAAUGAUUUGCCUGAUCAUGUUAUCUGUGCCAUCCGUAACGAGUUAAAUGAAAAGAGGGCAGCAAUUGAGUUUGAGUGGUGUGGUCAUCAUUUUCUCUUGGAUUUCUUGCACAUGUAUAGGCUGGAUUUGGAAGCAGGAGCAAAAACUCCUCUUGCAUGGAUUGACAUUGGAGGCAAAUGUUUUUUCCCUGAAAUUUACGACAGUGAUGAAAGGAACAAUUUCUGCCGUCAUAACUGCGUGGAAAAUUCUGAACAAUAUUCUCCGCAUGAGAUCAAGUUGUGCCUUGAGAUUGAUGUUCAUGGUGGCAAGUCACCUAGGUUGAAUUUGGAGGAGUGCAGUGAUGAAUCUAGUGACAGUAUGGAUGAUGUUCCAGCUGAGGAUAGCUGCAGCCGUAAGAUUGAAGCUACUGUUUCGAAAUGCGAUGAGACGGAUGCUGUUGUUGCAGUCUCUGGUCUUAAGCCUAGUGAAGCCGAAGGACUUGAUAAAGAUGCUGUUAAAAUAAUGUUUGCCACAGGCACAGCUUCUCUAGGGCCUGUAGCCGUGCUGGAUGUAAGCUGCUUUUCCAGUGAGAUUGCUGAAGCUCGUCUUGCCCUUUUCCAGAAGCAGGUUGAGAUCACUAAGAAACUUCGAGGAGACGCAAACGUUAGAUACGCAUGGCUUCCUGCAAAGAGGGAAGUUUUAUCGGCGGUUAUGAUGCAAGGACUUGGAAUUGGAGGAACAUUUAUCAGAAAGUCUAUCUACGGUGUUGGAAUACAUUUAACUGCUGCAGACUGCCCUUAUUUCAGUGCUAGGUACUGUGAUAUUGACGAAAAUGGAGUACGGUACAUGGUUUUAUGCCGUGUAAUAAUGGGGAACAUGGAGCUUCUUCGUGGUGACAAAGCUCAGUUCUUCUCUGGUGGAGAAGAAUAUGACAAUGGAGUGGAUGAUCUCGAGAAUCCAAAGAACUACAUUGUGUGGAACAUCAAUAUGAACACCCAUGUAUUCCCGGAAUUUGUUGUUAGGUUCAAGCUGUCUGUUCCCCCAAAUGCUGAAGGUAAUUUGGUUGCUAGGAAUGAUAACUCAGGUAUCACAUUGGAAGGACCAAAGGAUGUUCCUCCGCAGUUGGUGUCCAACGGUGGACCUGAAGGAGGUCCAGGGAGCGGGAGUGCAAACAGUGUUGGUUCGAGCAUGACAAAACCAAACUCUCCACGGAUGCCUCUUCCUACUGUGUUUGCAGCAAUCUCACAUAAGGUUGCCGAGAAAGACAUGGCUUUAAUCAAUGCUGACUACCAACAACUGAAGGAAAAAAAGAUGACGCGAGCAGAGUUUGUGAGGAAACUGCGGGGGAUUGUAGGAGAUGAUCUGCUUAGGUCCACCUUAACAGCUCUUGAAAACCAGCCAAAGUUGAUGAAGGAGAUUCCUGGAAGCAUGAGAGACCGUGAAGAAGGUGCAGGUGGGAUGAUGAUAUGAUGAUGACGAAUAUCAAAAGGAAGCUGCUUUUUAUCUACCCGCCUUUGUGGUUUUCCUUUUGACUCUUAUAUUAUAGAUCUUUUUUCUAAAUCUUAGCAAGACUUUUGGUUUUUUGGGUCGGGGGUUAGAGUUGAAUGUGCCGACUAUUCUGUCGUG